UGAAGGCAGCAUCCCCGGUAGUCUUCCGGCUCUUGACUGAACUAAACCACAACCACACGCAGCUAAAAUGACCGCUUCUGCCGUAGUCCGGAGGUUAGCAGCUCUGUCCGGGGCUUCAGCGGUGGCCGCUGGGGCAUACGGGGCUCACGGUUUCAAAAACAGCGACCCUGAUGAUUACCAGAGAGUGUUAUUUGAAACUGCCAACAAGUACCAUUUCUACCACAGCCUGGCCCUGCUGGGUGCUGCCCACUCUGGCAAACCUGCUGUGGCUGGUACCCUCCUGGUAGCGGGCAUGGGGAUGUUCUGUGGCUCUCUGUACCACCAGGCCAUGACGGGGGACCCUGGUCUUCGCAAGGUGGCUCCCAUGGGAGGCUUAGCUAUGAUCGUUGGCUGGCUCGCCAUGAUACUCUGAACUGUAACAGCUCAGGUCUCCUCCACAGGGCCACUGUGUGACACUAAACUGUCAAACUGCUAAUGGACGAACUGGAGAGCUUGUAAGAUUUGAGAGGUUAAAAGUGCUGAGUUAUGUCACCCAUCUAACCGCUCCCUGCCCUGGGUUGUGGGUGUCAGCAGGAGAUAAAGUCGCAACAGGGUUAUCACUCUUUUGCCAUUGCUGUGUGUUUUCUGACUGGUACCCUUUGAGUAUUUUGUUUGAGUUUGGUUGGAGAAGCAUGUGAUUAUGUCAUGCAUUUUGUCACAUUUAAAAAAAAUAUAUAUUGUAGAUUUGGUGAGCUAACAUAUUCAAUGGCAUGUCAAUUUUGUGCUGGGAACGGAAAUGGCUAACAGAACUUCCCAAUGCAGUUUUUGAUAGUAAACAAUACAGUACUAUAUGUUGUACUUCUUUAUUUUUACUAUAUCUUCCCGUAGUGCAGUAAUACAUCUCUGUAUAUUAUACAUCAUGGGCACAGCUAAUCAGGCUGCAACUAACAAUUAUAUUCAUUAUUGAUGAAUUUGC